AUGCUGUUUGCGGGCUUACACAGGCUGUUUGCGGGCAUACACAUGUUGUUUGCGGGCAUACACAUGCUGUUUGCGGGCAUGCACAUGCUGUUUGCGGGCAUACACAUUCUGUUUGCGGGCAUACACAUGCUGUUUGCGGGCAUACAGCAGCAACUGCAAGUGAGCACAAAUUGCUACCUCCCCGAUCACCUCCCGCAUCACCCUCACCGCACCCCUCGCCCCUCCCCUCCCUUCGACCCCAUCCUCCCUCCUCCCUUCCCCCAACACACAACAGUUGCUCUGGUCUCCCCAGCCACCUCUCCGAUCACCUCCCGCAUCACCCUCACAUCACCCCUCACCGACACGCACGAGGGCACGUCAGUGCCCGACGGUUUCGGUGGGACGGUGGACAUCCGAGCUCAUCAGUGCCCCACCCUCCCCUUCUGCUCCAAUCCCUCCCCCCCCACAAACACAAUAGUGGCUCUCGUCUCCCCGGCCACGUCCCCACCCACCUCCCGCAUCACCCUCACCGCACCCCUGGCCCACACGCACGAGGGAACAUCGGUGCCCGAUGGUUUCGGUGGCACGGUGGAUAUCCGUGCUGAGGUGGCGCUGCUUGAUAGGCAGAUCGUCGUUCAGGGCACGGACGAGGCUGCUCCACACCAAUAUGAUGGCGGGCACUUCAUGGUGUAUAUGACUCGCACCCAGCAAGCCACUGAAGGGGUUCAGUUCAGAGGGCUGGGCAACCAAGGCACGCUCGGGCGCCACCCCCUCCACCACACUUCCACGUGUGCGGGCUCCCUCUCAUCUCCUGUCAUCCCCUCCUCUCUUUACCCACCAGGCGGGCACUUCAUGGUAUACAUGACGUGCACCCCCCAGGUCAUCGAGGGGGGUCAGUUCCGAGGGCUGGGCAACCAAGGCACCCUCGGGCGCUACCCCCUUCACUUCCACGUUUCCGAGGGCUGGGCAACCAAGGCACCCUCGGGCGCUACCCCCUUCACUUCCACGUGUGUGGCCUCCCUCUCAUCUCCUGUCAUCCCCUCCUCUCUUUACCCACCAGGCGGGCACUUCAUGGUAUACAUGACGUGCACCCCCCAGGUCAUCGAGGGGGUUCAGUUCCGAGGGCUGGGCAACCAAGGCACCCUCGGGCGCUACCCCCUUCACGUGUGUGGCCUCCCUCUCAUCUCCUGUCAUCCCCUCCUCUCCCCUUCAACAGGUGGUCACUUCAUGGUGUAUAUGACUCGCACUCCUCAAACCAUUGAGGGGGUUCAGUUCAGGGGACUAGGCAACCAAGGCACGCUCGGCCGCUACCCCCUCCAUUUCCACGUGUGCGGGCUCCCCGCGGACGCAUCUCAGCCGCACAUCGUGCGCAAGAACGCGAUCGUGCACUCGAAGCAACGGUGCAUGGUGAUCCACGCGACCAGCAACAUGAGCAUAGAAGAUAAUAUCACUUAUGAGACCAAGGGACACUGCUACCUGGUGGAGGAGGGGUCGGAGAUGGGAAACGUGUUUCGGAGGAACCUGGGGAUGAGCGUGAGGGGCGUGGAGAAGGCGAUUCCCCCGGAUACAAGUGAUCAGUACGGGUUUCACACGGACAAGCAGCCGAGCGUGUUCUGGAUGGCGACUCCUUACAAUAGCUUCUAUGGGAAUGUUGCUGCGGGUUCCGAGAACAGCGGCUUCUGGCUAGAGGCUAACCCCACCAUGAGGGGCAUCUCACGCCUGCUGCCUGCCAUCGGCAACAAACGGCCCGACAGGUUCAACUGGGGAGAGUAUGUGGGUAACGUGGCGCACUCGUCCCUCUUUGGCUUCCGCACGUAUCCCCACGGCUCACAGUCCCGCUUCCCCGACUACACGGGGGUGAUCACGUAUCUCAAGGACUCACUCUUCUACCGGAACAAAGCAGGCAUCCUCUUUGUGAACACGGAUCGCAUAGUGGUGGAGAACGGUGCAUUUGUGGAGAACGCAUAUGGGAUGGACAUCAGUCGAAACGCUCGGUUUCUAUUGGAGAUUGGACGGCCACGGAAUGCUGAUUCUUGUUGCUUUUUUUGUCCUUCUGUCCCCCUCUCCCUUUGUCCCCCUGUCUCCCUCUCCCUCUGUCUCUAUCCAUUGGUGCCUUUGUUCCCCUCUCACCCUGCCCGCCUGUCCCUCUGCCCCUCUGUCGCCCUGUCCCUCUUUCCCUCUGUCCCCGUGUUCCCACCCGUGCAAGCAACAGCGGCAGGGCCGGGGCAAGCAGCAGUGCAGGCGGCAGGAGCGCAAGCAUCAGCAGCAGUGCAGACAGCAGCAGCGGUGCAGGCACAGAAGGAGAUAGGAGACGGGUCGUUUGACUCGCCCAUUGGAGUCACGCUGAGCCAGAGCAACCCCGCUGACAUCCUCCGCCCCUCCUCCGUGGAAGAUUCCCUCUUCUCUGGUUACGGCACCUGCACCACUAAUAGCUUCGGCAUCGCUCUCGUGACCAACAAGCCAGGCGGCUACUGGAACACGGCCUUCUUUGUUCAGGGCUCUCAACUGCUCGCUCCUCUUCUCGGCACACCAGCAACUUCAUCUGGCUGUGUUGGAUCCAUCCUUUCUAUCCUCCCAUCUCUCCCCUCCCAGCCUGCCACCACUCCCCCCAGGGGGGGUCUCAGAGCGCGUUUCUACGCCCUCAGGGAUCUCGACGGCUCUCUCCUCUCCUUGGCACGUGCCUUCACCUGCCUCUGUUCAGAUCAGACCCAUCCUCUCUCUCCUUGUGUCCUUCGUCCCCUCUUGCCCCUUCCUCCCCAGCCCUCAGCCACUCCCCCCACGGGUGGUCUGAUAGCGCGUUUCUACGCUCUCAGGGACCUAGACGGCUCGCUCCUCAGCACGCCCAGCGCUUACGCAGAGCUAGCGCGGUUCUACGCUCUCAGGGACCUCGACGGUUCGCUCCUCGGCACACCAGGCGCCUUCGCAGUCGCCCCCUUCUCCCCCUCGACGCUACAUCAACAUAACGAGGGAGGAGGAUGGAGAGGCCUUCACAGCAUACGGCGUGCCAUUUGCACACCAGAAACACCCUCCUCACACAGUAUACUUUCUACCUCCUCCUACCCCCCUUCCUCUGCACACCAUCCUUCCCCUUCCCUCCCACCCACCAGCUACAUCAACAUAACGAGGGAGGAGGAUGGGGAGACCUUCACAGCCUACAUCAACAUCACAAGAGAAGAAGAUGGGGAGACCUUCACGGCAUACGGCACGGACAACGACAACCCUGACAGCCCCCCUGCUGACCCCAAGCGCACCGCCUACCGUUACGUUACCGCGUCGCUGCUCGCCGGUUACACCUAUCGGUUCACAAUUAUCCCUGCCCCCACCAACAGCCUCUUUUACCCCGCCUGGGCUCAGCUGUGGUCGUAUGACAAGGGCGGCUGUGAGGGGGGGUUGAAGAUCAAGAUGGGUGCUAAAGACCAAAGCACCCAAUGGUUCGCCACUGAUGCUCCCAACCUCUACAAUGGGGGUGAUAGGGGUGAUGGGGGUGAUGGGGGUGAUGGGGGUGAUGGGGAUGAUGGGGGUGAUGGGGGUGAUGGGGGAGCCCUCAAGUACAAGAACUACACAGACUAUCUCUGCUCCUCCCCUUUCGCUUCCUCCCCAUCCUCAUCCUCCCCACGUCUCGUCCUCUGUUUCCUUGUUGCUCUCCUGCAACUCACAGUCGGCCCCACCAGCUACAUCGCACUCGCCACAAUGACGCUCAACGCCUCCUCGCCCUCCUCUUGCUCACCGUAUGUCACGAGUCGUGCCACCUCUUCCCUCACACGCACCUCUACUGUCAUGCCACGCCCCGCUUCCCUCACACGCACCUCUACUGUCAUGCCACGCCCCUCUUCCCUCACACGCACCUCUACUGUCAUGCCACGCCCCUCUUCCCUCACACGCACCUCUACUGUCAUGCCACGCCCCUCUUCCCUCUCACGUGCUCCUGUUGUCAUGCCUUGCCAUGUCAUGACUCAUGCCACACCCCUCUUCCCUCUCAGAUUAUUCUUUGUUUUUUCGAUGCCUCUUGCCCAUUCGCUGAACCCCGCUGCCAUGUCUCUGAUUCUUCUUUAUUGUUAA